UCAUGUCUUCGUUCCUCGCUGGGCAGUGCCUGGGAGGAGAAGCCAUCUCUGCAGCCUGCCAGCUGAGGCUAAUGCGUCCCGACAGCUUGUUCACUGGGACAUUAAAAUCAUUGCCUCUGUCUGUGUAAAACACACAGAGAGUCAGAUGAUGGGAACACAGGUCAGGGGAGGAUCAUUCUCUCCCCUUUGCGAUCAGCAGUGCCACUGGGAAGUGAAGCAGCAGAACCCAGCAGAUCCCACCAACGCUGCUGCAUCCCACCCAAUGCAGGUCCCCACCAACACACAGUAGGACUAGCCCUCUGUGAGGAUGCAUUGCAGCUCUGGUGUUGGGGAGAGCACUGCAACCCCAGUAGAGCACUCCCUGCCAGCUACAUACUGCCUUUUCCCCAAGGGCUUCAGUUUCCCUGGGAUCUGCAGCAAAGCAUGAACCUCUUCUGACCCCAUGGUCCAAACACAAACUAAGCAAGCAGCAUUAGAAGUACAAAGUUCUCACAGGUGAGGAGAAGCUAAUAUCAAGCUUGACUGGCUGAUUUUGCUCAGGGCACCUGUGCGGGCAGCUUGUGUUAGUCUUUAAAUAGUGGUGCUUGCUCUUGUGAGCUUGCAGUUGGCAGAAGAGACAGGCUGGGUGCUGGAGCAGGGAGGGGGUCAUGGUUACACCUGCUGGUAUUUGGGGCUGUGCCUUAGGGCAACAUGCAGAGGAGCUGUUUCUGCAUCUCCAGCCCUGAUUAGGUGCAGAAAUAGGGAGACUCUAGGCUGGGUCCCUGAAAAUCCUUUUUUGCCUGAGCAAGCUUCCUUUUGGCAUCCCUCUGUAAAAGGUUCCCUAUGUGUGCUCAUGGGUGGGCCAGAAGUAGCCCACUCAUGGCUGAGUAGAGCGGCAGUGCAGUGUGUGAGCCUGUGUGUUCUGUAUGCCAUGAGGCUUCUGGGGAGUGGUGGCACUCAGGAAUGCCCAAGGUCUUCAGCACACCUAAGUGGCAUCAAGCAAGGAAAUGGUGCUGCCUAGCUGGUAUUGAUUGCAUCCUCGAGAUGCUUUCAUCUGGGAGCAAUAGGUGUGCUUUGCUGGAUCUGGCAAGAAGACAUAACAAGUUUCCUCAUGUCUUUCUCAUUGCACCAUUGAGUUUUUCACUGGAGAGAAUCAACCAGGAAAUGGAAAAAUGACUUAUUUGCUUGUGUUGCCAGAGCAGGCACAAAGUGUGGGGGCUUUAGCCAAGCUGGAGAGGGGAUCUGGGAGAUGAUGGUGAAGAUGAUAGUCCACAAGCAGAACAAAAUGUCACUUGUCUGUAAGUGGCCUUUUAAUACAUCCACUGACUUGCAUUGUCCACAGAUGAGCUAGAUCCUGUCGUGGCUGGGAGCUUGUUGUGCUUGGCAGUCUUUUAGCGUAUGGGCAGAAGGGUUGUGAUGCAUGUAAUAAGUAGCAGAGCUUCUGGAAGAUGGACUAAUAUUUGAUUAAGAAAUCUGCUGACAAGGUCAUUAAUGAUGCAUUUCCUGGAUGUUCAGACUUGGGAUAAGCUCAAAACUGGGAUCUGGAGGACAAAUAAAGCUUUCCUUCUUUGUGAAUUCUCAACAGACUUUCUCCCCAAAAUAGCCUUCAAACAUGUGCCAUUAUUGCUUACUGGGGAAACAUUUAAGAGCCAAGUAGCAGUAUUCUUAGAAACAAGCUCCUCUCCACACAUCUGUAUUGCAAAGUGUUCCUUGCUGCCCUUUUUUCUUCCAGGGUCUGAGCUCCUCAGUUCACAUGCAUUUUGGUGCUGUGCUUGGGGAUGAUGUUGGGCAGUCAGGAAGCCCUGAGCAUCAGUAUGCUGCUCACGGCCAGGCCCUGCUGGCUCUGCCCUGAGGCAAACCUCAGAAUUUCACCUUUCUGCACCAAGACGUCAGCUGGUCAGGAGCAGACAUCUUUCAGAAAAACAGCCGUGGUGUGGGGUUUGUAAAGGUGGUGACCAACAAAACUAAAACCUUCCAAGGACCCCCUCCCUACUCAAGGCUGUUUUAUUCCUGGUGCCAGGAGGAUGCUCCCGUGGGUGCCCAGAGUGCCAAAGUGUCACGCUCUCUUCCAGGUCUCCCCUGGCUGCCUGUGCUGCUGACCCUAGCCCUCUGCCCUGGCCCUCAAAGCUCUGCAGGCUCCUGCUCUGCGCUCAGCAUGCCCCUCCCUGGCGGACCCCUGCCCUCUGAGGAAUCGCUCUGGAGCUCGAGGCCAGCCUGCAGGGAGAGCAUUUUUCAUCCUUUCCAAACGUGAAAAGAGUGGCCAUCUGCGCAGACCCCGUCACGUGAAAUCUGCGUUAACACGGCUCUUUGGGGAAGGUGAUACGGCUGUGCCACUGCCUCCUCUUGUGCCGGGGCUCUCUCCUGCCGACGCUGUCUCCCGUCCCCAGUAGGAAAUGGAGUCAAAGGUCUCCGAAGGCGGCCUGAACGUCACCCUCACCAUCCGGCUGCUGAUGCAUGGCAAGGAAGUCGGAAGCAUCAUUGGAAAGAAAGGAGAGACUGUGAAGAAGAUGCGUGAAGAGAGUGGGGCAAGAAUCAACAUCUCGGAGGGAAACUGUCCUGAGCGGAUUGUGACCAUCACUGGCCCCACCGAUGCCAUCUUCAAGGCUUUCGCCAUGAUCGCCUACAAAUUUGAGGAGGACAUAACCAACUCAAUGAGCAACAGCACUGCUACCAGUAAACCUCCUGUGACACUGCGACUCGUAGUACCAGCUAGCCAGUGUGGCUCACUGAUUGGCAAGGGAGGCUCCAAGAUCAAGGAAAUCCGGGAGUCCACAGGUGCUCAGGUUCAAGUGGCAGGAGACAUGCUGCCCAACUCCACAGAGCGGGCGGUGACAAUCUCGGGGACACCCGACGCAAUUAUCCAGUGUGUCAAACAGAUCUGUGUGGUGAUGCUGGAGUCCCCACCAAAAGGUGCCACCAUUCCCUACCGCCCAAAGCCCGCCUCCACCCCUGUCAUUUUUGCAGGUGGUCAGGCCUACACAAUUCAGGGACAAUAUGCCAUUCCACACCCAGAUCAGUUGACCAAGCUCCACCAGUUGGCUAUGCAGCAAACCCCCUUUACUCCCCUUGGACAGACCACCCCCGCUUUCCCUGGAGAAAAGCUGCCCUUACAUUCCUCCGAAGAAGCUCAAAAUCUGAUGGGCCAAUCAUCAGGUCUGGAUGCCAGUCCCCCGGCCAGUACUCAUGAACUCACCAUUCCCAAUGAUCUAAUAGGCUGCAUAAUUGGACGCCAAGGGACCAAAAUCAAUGAAAUUCGGCAGAUGUCUGGAGCACAGAUCAAAAUCGCCAAUGCUACGGAAGGGUCAUCAGAGCGCCAAAUCACCAUCACAGGAACCCCCGCCAACAUCAGCCUCGCUCAGUACCUCAUCAACGCCAGCCUCUCCCACGUGCUUCCAAGCCUCCACCAAUGCUUUCCUCCAUCGAAUGAAGUCAACCAAGCAGUCCAAUAAACAGCAGACAUGGGAAUGGCCUGAUCGCUUCCUUUCCAUCUCCCGGCAGUGCAGCAUGGCAGGGCUGGGGAUGCUGCAGGCCGGGCUGCGUGCGGGGCUGCCGGCCAUGGAGCCAUCGGGACAGCUGGGUGGGUGAAGUGGGCAGGCGGCCAAUGAGCAGGGGGGGCAUCUGGCUGGCUUCGUGCUCUCUCAAGGCCAUCCAUCCAUCUGUCCAUCUGUCCAUGCUGUUGCUGGCAAGAAGAAGGAGUGAGGGCAGGAGAGUGCUGGCAAAGUAUAAUGCAGGCUGUCCCCCACCUUGUACCCAUCCCACCUCUGCCCUGACCUGCAGCAGGCUCCGUCACCCCCUUCUCCCCGCUGCCCAGCCCCACGGCACCUCCCCACCACCUCCUGAAGAAGGAGAGAAAAGAAAACCAAGCGGCUCUGUCAUUGGAAAGGGCUGUCCAAGCUGUGGCUCAUGCCAUGGCAAAAGCAGAUAUGGAGGGUGACCUGGUUGAGGGGAAGGAUGGGACACUCCCUCAGUUUGUAAAGGCAGAGCAAAUGAAGGAACUGGGGGAACUGUAGGUGACAGACCAAUGGGACGAGGAUGCUGGGACUGAUCCUUGUGCCUGGUAGGAAGUAUUUUGGUAGAAGCCAUGUGCUGGGACAUCUCCUACCAGCACCCUUAGUGCAUGGCACCUCUGCUAGGGGCAUUCAUUGAGAGUCUUCAGCAUCUGCGCUUGAGCAUCCUGAUCUGUCCGUGGUGCUCCAUGUGCUCCGGCCACUAGAUGUCAGGCUGGUGACCUUAUGCCAUAAGCUGUGACAUUGCCACAAACCACGAACCUCCGGAGCACCACCUGAGGAACCUAUUGAGACAUCAAGCACUGGGAAAGAAUUAACGCUUACCCCGUAAUUCUGGACAGGGACAAGAUGAUUGGAGAGAGUGGAUUUGUCUGCACAACACUGAGCCCAUGGGCCCCUCAUCAGGCACCCCAUGGGCUGUAAGAAGGAGAGACAGUGCUGCCUCACAGGAUCUGUGUUUUCUUUUCUACUCCAUUGAUUAAGCGCUUGUUUUUGUCUCCCCCGCCCCUCUC